GCCCCAGAGAGGCCGGCGCGGUCCUGUGACGUCACGCGCGCGCGCGCCCCGGCGAAGCGAAGUGGUCGCUGGCGCCGGAGGGUCGGGGGCGUUCGCCAUGGGCCCGCGCGUGCCGCUCCCCCCGGAGAUCCAGCUGGCCCAGCGCCUGGCCGGGAACGAGCAGGUGACCCGGGACCGGGCGGUGAAGAGGCUCCGGAAAUACAUCGUCGCCAGGACUCAGCGGGCCGCAGGUGGUUUCACUCAUGACGAGCUGCUGAAGGUUUGGAAAGGACUGUUUUACUGCAUGUGGAUGCAGGACAAGGCCCUCCUCCAGGAGGAACUAGGGAGGACCAUUUCCCAGCUCAUCCAUGCUUUUCAGACCACAGAGGCACAGCACCUGUUCCUUCAAACAUUCUGGCAAACCAUGAACCGCGAGUGGACGGGCAUCGACAGACUGCGCCUGGAUAAGUUCUACAUGCUCAUGCGGAUGGUCCUGAACGAGUCAUUGAAGGCCCUGAAGAUGCAGGGGUGGGAAGAAAGGCAGGCGGAACGGCUGCUGGAGCUGCUGACGACAGAGAUCCUGCACCCUGACAGCCAGGCCCCCAGCGGGGUCAAGAGCCACUUCCUUGAGAUCUUCCUGGAGGAGCUGAGCAAAGUGGGCGCCACGGAGCUGACGGCGGACCAGAACCUCAAGUUCAUCGAGCCCUUCUGCACGAUCGCCGCUCAGACUAAGGACUCCCUGGUCUUGCAUAACAUCACUCGGGGCGUCUUUGAAACGAUCGUGGAGCAGGCCCCGUUUGCCAUCGAGGACCUUAUGAAUGAGUUGGAGGCACCAGAGGAGGAGGAGGAGGGGACGUCGGAGGACGAGCGGGAGGAGGACGUGCCGUCCAAGGAGCCACGGAGAGGCUCUCUCCACGGGGCCGCACCUGACACGAGCGAGGAGCCAGCAGGAGAUGGCGAGGACGGCAUGGGCCCUGUCCUCCAGUUUGACUAUGAGGCUGUGGCCAGCAGACUGUUCGCGGCGGCCAGUCAGCAGGACACCCCUUCCCAGAACAGGAAGCGCCUCUACAAAGUGAUCCGGAAGUUGCAGGACCUCGCUGAAGGGCUCUUCCCUGAGGAUGACGUUCCGGAAAAAGCCUGCAGGAACCUGCAGGAAGACAGGCGGGAGAGGAAGACAAAGAAGCGUUUGCCCACAUCUGGGUCACAGAACAAGGCAGGGAAAGGCGGCGAGGAGGACUCGUGUCCAGACCUGAGCUCCGGAGCUGAGAGGAUGGCGAGGCGGCAGGGCUCGGGGGCUGAGCGCACCGGGCCCCAGGAGCAGCCCGGGGGCCCUGCUGGGAGAGGGGCUCGGAAGAGGCGGCGGCGGCGGCCUCGGGCGGGGGCCAGGGCGAAGGUGACCGAUUGCCAGAACCUGCGGAUGAGGAGGCGGCAGCCGCCACCGAGCGGGAAGUGACCCCGGCAGGCCCCGCACGUGCGGGGAGGCCCUUCCCUGCGGCCCCUCCGUCUUGUGCUGAGGUGAGCGGGGGAUCAGGGCCGCAGGGCCCUGCUCCUAAGACAGUGUCCCGAUGGGAGCGGCUCCUGACCUGCUGUGUCGGCAGAGGGUCGGGCCCCUUGCUCGGUGGCCGUGCCCCAGGCCCGAAAGUGCUGGCGCCAUGCUGACCUUGGUCAGGAACCCCUGAGACGUGAAAGUGCCCUGCAGACCCUCUCCCUGGGCCAGUGACCCGCCACACCCCGGGGUGUCCAUGAAUAAAAUGCUGUGCAGUUCUUUCCAGCAGAGUCCCGCUUCUGGUGCAUUCGUGCAGGAAGAGUUCCAGUGGGGAAAACUGCCAGGUGCUUGUUCCCAGUAGUGUUUGUAUCUCGUACCCGUUUUGUGGAGAAAAAGUUCACACACGUCUCGAAAUUUGGGAGAGGACACCGAGCGGUAAUUGUGGUUUUCUGGACGGCCUCUUCGUAAACUUGUGUUUGGAGCUGACAGUCAGCAGCCGGGCUGACACAGAGCCGACUACUGCUUGGUUGGUGUGUCCGAGGCAGGGAGGUUGGCUCUGCUCAUCCCUCAGCCCUGACUUGUGGGUGGACCCGUGGUGCCCCCGUCUCCCUUCAGCGCCUUUAAAUUCAGCGUCGGCCCUGCUGCUCAUCCUGGAGGGUCUGAGGCAGUCGUGUGUUGCCGGAACGUGACCGGGACCCUGACCAGAACCAGGGUGCUGUGAGAAGCCCCUGGCCCAAGAAUGCGGAUUAGGAGGACCGUAGGUGUGAGUCAGUGCCACGUGGGUCCCUGGUGGCCUCCGGGCUCGGGGCUGCAUAGGUGACAGGUGGGCACCGUCUGGGUCGGCCCGCCGGGUCACUGCUGAGCUGAGGUGUGUGGGUGAGCCCAGCAAGAGGACCCCACGGUCUCUCACCGAACCCCGGUUCCUCAAGCCUGCUGCACGCGGGGGCAGGUGGCCCCCGGUGGCCCCGUUCAGUCAGUUCAGCUGGGUGGGCAGAGCCAGGGGCUGACGGGGCGGGCCCCUGGAUCCUGGAGGGCACGGUUCCUGCUGUGCAAAGUGACUUGGAAAAGCAGCACAUCCCACCCAGAGCUCGGGCCCAGGCAGGGGCCAGGCGGAGGUUGCUGAGGCCUUGUUUCUUCCCCAGCCGUUGGUGCCGUUUUGUGUGUGUGGCGGGGACGGCCUGUGCUCUGUUGUCUCGGCCAGAUUUUCUUUGGUCAAAAGGUAAGGAAACAGCCACGUGUGGAAUUUCUGAAGAAACGAAAAUCUUUCUGGCUACGACCAGAUCGUAGCCCUCAAACCAGAGGAUCUGUGGCUUCCUCCGUGCUGUUUCCACGCGGUUCUCCGACCACGCUGUGGUCCUUCCCUUACCAACCGCGUCGUGUGGACGAUGUGACCGUUGGCGCGCUGGCCAGCUGUGGGCGGCUUGUGGUCACUCCUGCCUCUGCCAGCGCCCCUCCCUGUCAGGAUGGGCUCUCCUUGGGCCACACAGGGCAACCUCAAGAGGAAACGGAAGGUGACCGCCACCCAGUGCCCCUAGGAGAGCCUGUGUCCAAAAGAGGACGUUGUGUUUAUUACUCGUGUAUUCUUUUUCUAGAAUCGCUUUACUGAGCUGUAACUCACAGGCAUUAUAAGUCACCUCCAUCGAGCGUAGGGCUCCGUGGGUCAGAGUUACGUAACCAUCCGCAUUCCAGCCUUUUGUCAAAGAAACCAGUGUCCUUGAACUGGCUCUCUCGCGGCCCCCACCGCCACCCCAGCCCCUGGCCAACCCUCACCCAUUUUCUGUCUGCGUGUUCUGGACUUUCCAUGUAGAUGGAAUCAUCCCGUGUGGGUCUUCUGCGUGCGGCUUUUUGGUGCGGAUGUUUUCUGUGUGCAUCCGUGUUGUCCCACGUCGCCUGGGCCAGGACUUCAUUCCCUGUGUGGCCGAGUAAUGUUGCACCGUGUGGAUGCCCAAGUGUCACCUGCUGUCCGAAAGCACAGUGUUCCCGUGAGACCUUUCUUCAGCCGAAACGGCAUAAAGCAAAACAGUUACCGUUAAUUUACGUGGAAAGUUUUUUGGGCGUUUCCAGACCCCAAAUCUCUUGUGAUUCUACUCCCCGGGACUUACUUCGCUAAUGGAGACCCAAAAUCAGUCGUGAUCGAGCCCAGGUGCUCACGGACACCGCUCAGAGCCGUGGCGGCUGGCGGCUGAUGCAGGUCCCGGGAAGGAGGUUGGCGGGGCCGCGCCCACUGCUGGGGUUCGCGCCGCCUCUGUUACAGCUCGCUGCGGAACCAGUGCUGGACGCUCUUCCCGCUUUUUGUCUUUUUUUUCCCUACACGCAGAAGUAGGGAUUUGUCUUUUUUUUCCCUACACGCAGAUUGAGUCUGAUUAGCAAGAACUGGUACUGACAUAGGUGUUUCGUAAAAGCGAAGUGGAGGAUGCCUCUACCGCAUUUCUGUUUACCGUUUGUGCGCGGGGCGCUUGUGACCGCUAGUGCCGCUGUAGACACGCACGAGCUUCUGCGGGGACCCGCUCUCGCUCCUCGGUGUGUACCCAGGGACAGAAUUGCUGGGCCGGGCGGUAGGUGACUCCUUGACCUGCGUGAAGAUCCGCCAGGCUUCUCACAGUCGCCACACCUCCUGAUGUUCCCACCUCUGGACGGGGCGCAGCUUUAGGCGGGCGCUCCCCGGUGCCGCUUGACCUGUGAGCCUGUGGCGUGCCCUUGGCGCCACGGCGCCACGGCUGAUCAGAGCGGACCGACGGCCUUGAGGGUGCCUUGCGGCUGCAGAGAACCCACCUGGCCCCUGUGCAGCGGUGCACUCCGGACCGUCUCACCCCUGCCCCUGCCUGGUCCCGCUUGGACCUGACUGGCUCAGCCGUCCACCUGUGUGCUGUUGGGCAGGAGACAGUCACUCUGAGCCUUCACUGACCUAUCUGUGAAAUGGGGGUUACAUGGCCGGGCUGGGGAUUAUAUUGCUGUUUUUUCCAAGGCAGCCUGAAACUUACAGAGGAGUCACAAACGCGAUGAGCAUUUUUCACCCAAACCGCUUGAGAGUUGUGUGCUGACUUGAUGCGUAUCACCCGGAAUACUUUAGGUGCAUUUUCUGCAACCAACAUUCUCUUAACCACAGCACAGUCAUCGAGUCAGAAUUAGCAUGGGCCCCUCUGUGCCAUCUAAGCCUCCGGUCUGUUCAGCGAUGCCCUCUGCAGCCACGAGACCCCAUCUGGAGUCACCCGCGUCUGAUUCUCGUUUCCCUUCAGCUUCCUCUGAACGAGACCAGGUCCUCCGCCCUUGUGUACCAUCCAGGACCUGGAUGUCGGGUGGAUCUGAGGCUGGCGAUUCUGUACAUCGUCCCCACUGCGGGUGACUGGUGGUCCCUCGCGUCUAGACUUGGGUCACCCCUCUCGGCAGGAAUCAGAAACAAUGCUCGUUCUCCCCGUGUCCUGCCCGGGCCUCCGCUUUCCACCUGCCCUGGUGCGGAGGCACCUGCUUGUGAAUGUGGCCCCUUCCCUUGGUUGCUAACGGUGUGUGUGGCAAGGGCCUCUGCAGCCCCCAAGCGGAGUUUCUCGCCGAACUUCAUUUACUCGCUGAUUGACUUACAUCGGUGGCUCAUGGUUUCCUGUUUUAUCUUGUGGGUUGUAAUCUGUUCCUGCCACUUAUGUUAAUAGCAUGUCUCAUUUGGGCCAGUGGGAGACCCCAGGCUGGCUUCUGCUCCCUGUAAGGAGCCCCCACCACCCCUCACCUUUGUCACAGUAAGAAUCCUCAGCCCUGGGACUGGCCGCUUCUCCACAGAGCACUGACUCGAUUGACGGUACAACCCUGCCCGGCUCGGGAGGAGCUGGUGUGGACGAGGGCCUACUGGAGUCCCUUCAUCUUUCGUUCUGCCACCACAUCACUGAGAUGCACCUCACGCAGCGUUCAGUUCUCCUGCUUAAAGUGUCCUGUCCGGGGGUUCUUCAUGUAUCCGCAGGGGCGUGCCUCCAUCACCACGGGCCAGCAUGGGACAUUUGUACCCAUCCCCCCAAGGAAACUCCAUAGUGGGGGGCCUCUUUUUUAAAAUUUUUUUUUUUUCAACGUUUUAUUUAUUUUUGGGACAGAGAGAGACAGAGCAUGAACGGGGGAGGGGCAGAGAGAGAGGGAGACACAGAAUCGGAAACAGGCUCCAGGCUCUGAGCCAUCAGCCCAGAGCCUGACGCGGGGCUUGAACUCCCGGACCACGAGAUCAUGACCUGGCUGAAGUGGGACGCUUAACCGACUGCGCCACCCAGGCGCCCCUUGGGGGGCCUCUUAACUUGGAGAAAGCCUGUGUGAGGCUUCUGGACCAGCAGGAGCCCCCGCCAAGAGGUGGUGAUGGGUUAUUGCUCACAAGGCUAAUAAAUGAAUUUAUAGUUUUCUCGAA